CUCGCCCGCACCGAAUGACGUGAGCUGACUGGCUAAGCAGGGAAAGAUCAAAGCGCGAGUGAGAAGACCCCGAGGCUCUCGGGGAGCUCGCCACACGGAGAGCCAUUGCGCGGGCGGCAGCCGGGCUUAGGGGCCAAGUUUCCUGAAGCGCGGGGGGGACCCCGCUCCCUGCGCAAGUCUCCGAGCAAAGUUGCCUUUUGUUCCCCCCCAUAAUCCUCCUCCUGCUGCUCCUCCUCCUCCACCGCCGCCGCCUUUUCGGAGCGAGCUGCCGGGGACGGCUGGCUGGCUGAGCGCACAUGGGCAGAGGCAAGCGAGGCGCCCCAGCCAGGCGCACGCCUGACUGAGCGGAAGAAUCGCCCGCCAAGAAUCCCCGGCAGGUCAAGGCAGGGCAGGGAUGUGGCUGCGGCUGCCAUGAGACAGAAACUCCGGCGUGGUGGUGGAUGUAGGAAGUAGCAGAGCGGCGGCGGCGACCGAGAGGCAGAGAGAGAAGCUCCCCCUGGCUGGAGUCUCCCGCCUGUAGCAGAAGGAGCAGGCGGCGGCGGCGGCGCAGGAGGAGGCUGAGAGCCGCCUGAGCAGCUGCCCGUCGCCUCGCCAUGGAUUGCAGCCGCCUCAGGACUCUUAUUAAUAGAUACUGUGCUGGAGAAGAGAAUUGGGUGGACAAUCGGACUAUUUAUGUUGGGCAUCGUGAACCCCCUGCAGGCACUGAAGCGUACAUUCCACAGAGGUAUCCGGAUAACAGAAUAGUCUCCUCAAAGUACACUUUUUGGAACUUUGUCCCAAAGAAUUUAUUUGAGCAGUUCCGAAGAAUAGCUAACUUUUAUUUUCUCAUCAUUUUUCUUGUACAGUUAAUUAUUGACACACCAACUAGCCCAGUGACAAGUGGGCUUCCACUUUUCUUUGUCAUCACUGUAACAGCUAUUAAACAGGGCUAUGAAGAUUGGCUUCGUCACAAAGCCGACAAUGCAAUGAACCAGUGUCCUGUUCAUUUCAUUCGACAUGGCAAACUGGUUAGAAAGCAGAGCCGCAAACUCAGAGUUGGAGAUAUUGUAAUGGUAAAAGAAGAUGAAACGUUCCCUUGUGACUUAAUAUUUUUGUCCAGUAGUCGGGCAGAUGGAACAUGUUUUGUUACGACAGCAAGUUUGGAUGGUGAAUCCAGUCAUAAGACGUAUUAUGCUGUCCAAGAUACAAAAGCCUUUCAAAGCGAACAGGAUAUCGACACAUUGCAUGCUACCAUUGAAUGUGAACAACCUCAGCCUGAUCUUUAUAAAUUUGUUGGUCGGAUAAAUGUUUACCAUGAGAGAGAUGAGCCUGUUGCAAGGCCAUUGGGAUCUGAAAAUGUGCUUCUUAGAGGAGCUACGUUGAAGAACACAGAGAAAAUAUUUGGUGUUGCUAUCUACACAGGCAUGGAAACAAAAAUGGCAUUGAACUACCAAUCAAAAUCUCAGAAACGAUCUGCUGUGGAAAAAUCCAUGAAUGUAUUUCUUAUUGUAUACCUCUGUAUUCUGAUCAGUAAAUCACUAAUAAAUACUGUCCUGAAAUACGUGUGGCAAAGUGAGCAGUUUCGCGAUGAGCCUUGGUAUAAUGAGAAAACAGAACUGGAACGGAAAAGGAAUGUGUUUAUUACAGCAUUUACAGAUUUCCUUGCCUUCAUGGUUCUUUUCAACUACAUCAUUCCUGUAUCCAUGUACGUCACAGUAGAAAUGCAGAAGUUUCUUGGUUCUUAUUUCCUUACCUGGGAUGAAGAAAUGUUUGAUGAAGAAACAGGUGAAGGGCCGCUGGUGAAUACGUCUGACCUCAAUGAAGAGUUGGGGCAGGUUGAAUAUGUCUUCACAGAUAAAACAGGGACCUUAACAGAGAACAAUAUGGAGUUCAUAGAAUGCUGCAUUGAGGGCCAUGUGUAUGUUCCUCAUGUCAUCUGUAAUGGCCAAAUUCUCCCCGAUUCUGCUGGUAUUGAUAUGAUUGAUUCUUCCCCAGGAGGAAGUGGCAAAGACAGAGAAGAACUCUUUUUCCGUGCUCUGUGCCUUUGUCACACUGUUCAAGUGAAGGAAGAUGACAACGUGGAUGGGUUGAAGAAAGCACAGCUGUCGGGGAGGUCUGCCGUGUAUAUUUCAUCGUCCCCUGAUGAAGUUGCUUUAGUUGAAGGGAUUCAGAGGCUUGGUUACACCUAUUUAAGACUGAAGGACAAUUUUAUGGAAAUCUUGAAUCGAGAAAAUGAUAUUGAAAGGUUUGAACUAUUGGAAAUCCUUAGUUUUGAUUCUGUAAGGAGACGAAUGAGUGUGAUAGUUAAAUCGGCAAAAGGAGAAAUAUUUCUGUUUUGUAAAGGAGCAGAUUCGUCUAUUUUCCCCAGAGUUGCGGAAGGCAAAAUAGACCAGAUUAGAUCAAGAGUUGAGCGCAAUGCAGUGGAGGGCCUGCGAACGUUAUGUGUAGCGUAUAAGAAAUUCACCUGUGAAGAAUACGAGAAUGUGCAGAAGCAUUUGCAGGAGGCCAAACUGGCCCUUCGGGAUCGGGAGAAGAAACUGGCUGAGGCAUAUGAGCAGAUAGAAAAGGGACUUAUCCUGCUUGGUGCUACAGCAGUUGAAGACCGAUUACAGGAAAAAGCUGCUGAUACAAUCGAAUCCCUGCAAAAAGCUGGCAUUAAGGUUUGGGUUCUGACGGGAGACAAAAUGGAGACUGCCGCAGCUGCCUGCUACGCCUGCAAACUAUUCAGAAGAAAUACUCAAAUACUUGAGUUAACUACCAAGAAAAUAGAGGAGCAGAGCUUGCACGAUGUGUUGUUUGAUUUAAGCAAGACUGUCCUAAGGCACAACGGCAGCUUAACAAGGGACACCUUCUCAGGGCUUUCAGCUGAAAUGCAAGAUUAUGGUUUAAUUAUUGAUGGAGCAGCAUUAUCAUUAAUAAUGAAACCACGGGAAGAUGGGAGCUCUGGUAACUACAGAGAGAUCUUCCUUGAAAUCUGUAGGAACUGCAGCGCGGUUCUAUGCUGUCGCAUGGCUCCUUUGCAAAAAGCACAGAUUGUAAAAUUAAUUAAAUGGUCAAAGGAGCAUCCAAUCACGUUAGCAAUUGGUGAUGGAGCAAAUGAUGUCAGUAUGAUCCUAGAAGCACACGUUGGCAUUGGCCUUAUUGGGAAAGAAGGCCGCCAAGCUGCAAGAAACAGCGACUAUGCAAUACCCAAAUUUAAACAUUUGAAAAAAAUGUUGCUUGUUCAUGGGCAUUUUUAUUAUGUCAGGAUAUCUGAACUUGUGCAAUACUUCUUUUAUAAGAAUGUCUGUUUCAUUUUUCCUCAGUUUUUAUACCAGUUCUUCUGUGGGUUUUCACAGCAGCCUUUAUAUGAUACUGCGUAUCUUACCCUGUACAAUAUCAGCUUCACUUCACUUCCUAUCCUGCUGUAUAGUCUCAUGGAGCAACAUGUCAGUUCAGAUACACUCAAGAGAGACCCUACACUGUACAGGGACGUUGCCAAGAAUGCUCACCUGCGCUGGCGUGUAUUCAUUUACUGGACAUUCUUGGGAGUAUUUGAUGCUGUGGUUUUUUUCUUUGGUGCCUAUUUCCUGUUUGACAGCUCAACUGUGACCAGCAAUGGACAGCUAAUGACAGCCAACACCCACAUGAUGUUUGGAAACUGGACCUUUGGGACACUGGUAUUCACUGUGCUGGUAUUCACUGUUACCUUGAAGCUUGCACUGGAUACACACUACUGGACUUGGAUCAAUCACUUUGUGAUCUGGGGAUCACUGCUUUUCUACAUUGUCUUUUCCCUUCUCUGGGGAGGGAUCAUCUGGCCUUUUCUCAAUUACCAGAGGAUGUACUAUGUGUUCAUGCAAAUGCUGUCUAGCGGUCCUGCAUGGCUGGGUAUUAUUAUGCUCAUAACGGUGAGCCUUCUUCCAGAUGUUCUGAAGAAAAUUUUAUGCAGGCAAUUAUGGCCUACAGCAACAGAAAGAAUCCAGAAUAAAUCAAGCCAUGGUCGGGACCAUUUUUCAGAAUUCACACCUCUUGCCUCUCUGAAGAGUCCAAGAUACAGGAGCAAUGACUGCAAAAAUACCCCAGCAAGAAGGUCUAGUUCUCAUUCUAAAAAAACAAUGUUUACGCAUUGGAGAAACUAUGAUUAUUCAGUACUCCCUUCCAUCUUUGGCUACUCCAAUAAUAAGCGUUGUGAUUCCAGUGCCAGGUACUACCACAGGGGUUCAGGUCUGGAAACAUCCCUAUGAGAGAUCACCAACUCAAGCCUUUAAGAACUAGCAACUAUUCCUCCCUCUCAUUCCAACCCCAGCUCCUACUACAUCUGCAAAUGACCAUUUAACAGCACUGAUUGAAAUUUUGCUGGCUUUAACUGUCCGAUGUAAUAGUCUGACAAACUGGAUCAAAGAGCAUGGAGUACAAAUCUUUCCCAGGAGUCUUGCCCUUCCUUAUUAUGUUUUAAACUGUUGAAGCAAUGGAUUUUUCUACGCAGUCUGGCACUGUGAGGAUGAACAGCACUGUAAUUUCACUCCAUCCUGUCAAAAACCUUUGUAUGUUUAUUGACUCCCAUCAUCUCUUUUCCUUUAUUACUUGAAAAAGUCCUGCUUUAGUCAAACGUCCUCUUCUGAGAUCAGUGGUUAAAAUUUCGUCAGCCCUCUAACUAAGCAACGGUCUCAGACCCCCAGUGAAAGUAGCUGAGAACAUAUUUCAUAGGUGCUGUUUCUGACUGGUGUUUUGUCUUUUCUUUGCUCUCUCUGUAGAACAAACUGGUGUUUCCUCUGUGCAAAUCUGCUUUCAAGAAACACUCUCUAAUAUCCAUUUUAUUGUAAGUCACCAAGUAGGACGUCUAUGUGUGAUUUUAAGACCCAACACCCUUCCCCACACUUUAGACCAAUACAUUUUUACUUAGACUGCCUACAGACCUUUGGGAAGUCAAGCUGGCUAGCAAACGAGUGAUGUGACACUGUAGGUAUUGAGUUGAAAAUAAUUACUGAAUUUAAGAAUUUAGUCUUAGAAAUUUAAAGAACGAACCAGUAUUCUACCAUUCUGCUACCUCUAAAGUAGAGUAUGGAUGUAUUAGGAAGUACUUUGCUACCCGAAGUUUUUUUGUUUCCCCCCUGUUGUGGAAAGGAAAUAAUUGCUUCCAUAACAGUCAACUAGAUAAUACUGUAUUUUAAAUGCUGGUUUUUAAUUUUUGAUUUGAACUUUGAAAGGGUGAGGGAGACAGAAUGUUUAACAGAAUGUCUACUUAGUGACUACUCAUAUUCGGUAAUGACCACUAGGUUAAGUUUCCCCCUUCCUCCUCUUCGAAUGUGAAUUCAGCUAUUCUUCAGAAAAGAAAAAAAGAUGUGCAUGAUUAUUCAAACGCUUUAUCUGUCAUUUUAAAUCAUUACAGCCAGCUUGUACUUCGGCUCUAUUCGUGGCUCUAGUUUUGCUGUGUACUGGUUUUGUUAAUAGCAUACACAGAUCAGUUCUGUUUCUUUUCUCCCAGUGUUUUAUUUAGGGUGUCAACUUUGCCGAAGGAUUACUUUGUAGGGAAAAGAAAGUUUGUGUGUGGAAGAAAAGGCACAGGUUCUCUCUCUUGCCUUCCCUGAACAGAGGUUUGGGGGAGAUGGGAACAUAAUGCUUUGAAAGGCAAAUUGUGAACAUUUUAUUAUACCAAAGAUUACAGAGACAGAGAAUCUGAUGGUAGUUCCCUUACUUCUCAAGUCUCACCCCCCUCAUGACGCACAACAUCUCAGCGUUUGUCAUUUAAAAUGAAGCACUUUCCAUUUCCAGUGUUGUUCACAUACUGAUAGUAAUAUACCGGAAGUUAAUAUUUAUUUGACAUUACAUACUUGAAUGUCUAGUAGAAAUGUCCCCUACAUAAAACACUGGUUACAAAUAUAUAUUUUUUAAAAAUUAACUUGAUGUGAGUAUUGAUUUUAUACCUGUAGUAGUGACAAAUCUCCUGUUCGGGUGUAGUUAACAAAAUUAUUUUUAAUGGGUUUUUUAGAAAUCUUAAAAUUGCCUUUGCACUGAAAUAUUUUUCAAUACUGUAGCUAUUUAUAUAUCUGUUAUAUGCAUACAUUUGUUAACACAACAUUUCUAUUGUUUUUUAAUUGUAUGUUUUAGAGAGUUUUUUUAUACCUAUGAGUUUUGGAUCAGAGUUUAGCUUAUAGUGGAAUUGUGGUUGAAUGUUGAAAUUCUGAUGAAUGUUAAAAUUAGAAAUAGGUUUGUUGUUUCAGAAUCAUCCAAAGCUACUGAUUUUUUUUAAAAAAAUGCUUUUUUGCUUUUGCUUGUGAAUAAUAGCUUUUAACGUGGUACAUUCUGCUUACAACCAGCUGCUGCUAUCUACUAUUCUUACAUUUUUAUUCCAUGAAGCUUUCUACCAGUUCCUUGUUUUUGUUUUGUUCAUUUCCAUCUUUUAGCCUUAAGUAAGAAGACCCUUUGCUUGAUGAUUUGAAAAUGCUGCAUUCCUGCUCUGCCUACUAACAAAAAUGGUUUACUGCAAUAUUCUUGCAUCUCAACUGUUUCCUAAAAAGUGAAUGAUCUUUCAACAGGCUGAAAUAUUUAAUGGUAGUUUUUGUUUUUUUAAGAAAACAAACACUUAUGAUUGAUUGUAUUGCAUUAGAAGGAGAAAUCGUAGAAACAUAGAAUUGUACAGUUGGAAGGGACCCUAAGACUUGUCUAGUCCAACCCUUUAUAAUGCAGGAAUCUCAACACCCAUCCUGUCUGAAACCACACCAGACCCUGCUUAGCUCUGCAAAUGUGCUAGCAGUUUUAUUGCUGCACCACUAGGAGGAUAUUUUUGAAUUUAAAGGAGGAAUUCUGCUUCCAUUAAGCAAUCAGAGCUUUAAAAAUACACUGUUUAAAUGGGGGGGAAAGGAAAGGCUCUAUAGGCCUUCAUUUUCUUUCUGCAAUAGAUGUACAGGUGUAAUACAGAAGCUAAACUAGUAGGCCUUAGAUAUUCUUGUGCAUAGCAAUUUGGUGCAGACAUGCUGCGAAGGAUGAGAAAACCUAGGACCUUCCAGAUGUUGCUGGAACGCAACUUCCGUUAUUCCUGAACAUUGGCUAUGCUCAUUGGGGCUGAUGGGAGCUGGAGUCUCAACCACAUCCGAAAGUCCACAGGCUGGUCACUCCUGUCCUGUACAUGAGGAUCUGCCCAGCUUGGGGACCAAGUGAAAGAGGAGGAAAUAAUUCUAGAAGCAUGAUCAAUGUACAGAAACAUAUUUCCAUGCACCCAGCUGGAUUAGGAGAAUUAGUCAGGCGCAACAACCAACGAUCAAUAGUAGGGUUGCGACCUGAGUCAAAAAUGUAAAAUUGAUAGAAAUUUAUAUGAAGUGGGAAACUCCAUUCCGUGUCACACAAAUGGCCUUGUCUGAAUUGUUGAACCUCUAAUGUGAAAACAUUUCAAAUGCUUUCAUAAAUGUGUUGGAACUGGAGGGCAUCAACCAAAUAUCCAUUAAGACGAAAACAUAUACAUCCAUUGAAACUACUUAUUCUUUAGAGUAGCUAGCAGUAAUAUUCAGAUAAUUUUGAUGGCCCUCAGUAAUUAUUAAUUUAUUCAGCUCUUUAAUAUACAGUAUACCAUUUAUUCACUUGCUUGCAUCAGCCUAUUUAUUCCACUGUAAUGCAAGCAUCAAAUGAAGGAAACUCCACUUGUUGGUGAUAUCAGUGAGAUCAUGUUGAGAAGCUUUAAUGGAGUUCUGUCAGAGUAUUAUAAGAGAGAAAUAUGUACAUGAUUGUACAUUGCACAAUUGCACACUUCAGUUCAUACAGCUUUACCUUUGUCGAAAGAAGUACAGAAUUUUAAUUGUACAUUGUGUCUGAACAAAAUUCUGUCUUGUAUGCACUAUCAAUAUUCCUUCAGUCUGUAAUGUGUAAUUGGCAAAAAGAAACAAACAGCUUUUUGGGAAUGGUGGAUCAUAGUUAUCAGUGCAUUAAUCAUUAAAAUAUCUUUACUCAUCAGCACCAAAUACUGACAUGUAUUUUAAAUGGUAUAAUGAUAGGUGCACUUAUCUGAUGAUAAUUCAGCCUUCAAAACUACUGUUUAGACUAAGCUAUAACACUUCAUUAACUGGAUCAAAGCAGUCUCAAAUACUAAGAAUAUAAAUAAAUAUAAAUAUAUAUGAUA